UAGUUUAGAGAGAGAAAGACAGUUAGUUUACCUGUUGAGCGAGGUAGAAGCCAGGGAGAGAGAUAGACAGAGAGUUAUUAGUUAGUUUACCUGUUGAGAGAGGUAGAAGCCAGGGAGAGCGAUAGACAGAGAGUUAUUAGUUAGUUUACCUGUUGAGAGAGGGAGAAGCCAGGGAGAGAGAGUUAAGAUGUUUUAUAUGCCUGAUCCACCUUCUAUUAGUCGUUAAUGUCUGGCAUCUUGUGACGUUCUCAAGACACUGUCUUGUAAUGUUACAACAACUGUUCAUGUGUCUCUUCUAGUCGUUGUCAUUCUAUAAUCCCAGAGUUUCCUUUUGGGGCGGAGCUUUGUGUCCGAGAGCCAACCACACGGAGCAGAAUCAGGUCAGUCUGCUGGAGUGGACCUGAAAGAAACCAGGCAGGGAGCACAGCAGGAGGAUAGUUGACUGACUGACCGAGCAGCAUGUCUAAACCAUCAUCCAACGUCAAAGCCCUGCAGGCAAAUCUGAAUAUUCCAAUGGGAGCGCUGCGUCCAGGGGCGGGACAUCCUGUCAAGAGGAGAGAGGAGACAGCAGACUCAGAGGAGGCUCCUCCCCCAGACCCACUGCAGGAGGUCACGGCCCUGUCGCCAGAGGAGAAGAAGCCAUUGCCUGGAUCGAUGAAGCUUCCUGGUCCAGCCGUCAACCUAUCAGAGCUGCAGAACGUCAAGAGUGAACUACGAUGGGUCACCAAGGAUUAACACACACACUGUGUUCCCCAACAUGUCCUCCAGUAACCCCAACAGGUAGGUUGUAGCCUGGACAAGCACACCUGAUUCAACUCAUCCAGGGCUUGAUGAUUCGUUGACAAGUUGAAUCGGGUGUGCUUGUCCAGGGCUAAAAUAAAAUCUGUUCUGUUGGGGGUACUGGAGGAGUUGGGAAACACUGUACAACAGGUUGAUCAUCAGACCCACACCCUCCUGCAUCUUCUACUGAUGGACUACAACUACCAGACCCAUCCUACAUCUUCUACUGAUGGACUACAACUACCAGACCCAUCCUGCAUAUUCUACUGAUGGACUACAAGACCCACCCUGCAUCUUCAACUGAUGAACUACAAUAUUUACCCUGCAUCUUCUACUAAUGAACUACAACUACCAGAUCCACCCUGCAUCUUCAACUGAUGGACUACAACUACCAGAUCCACCUUGCAUCUUCAACUGAUGGACUACAACUACCACCAGACUAACCCUUUCAGCUACAACAAACUAUACCAGACUAAUCCUAACCCUAACCCUAUCAGCAACAGCCAACUAUACCAGACUAACCCUAACCCUAACCCUAUCAACUACAGCCAACUACCACCAGACUAACCCUAACCCUAUCAGCUACAGCCAAUCAUACCAUACCAGUGAUCUGCAACAGGCCAUCCACUUCAACCGACCCAUAACUGGUUUAAUAUCCCAUACAGUGAAGGUAGGGUUAGGGAUAGACUGAAUUGGAGUGAACUGAACUGAGCAAUAACACAACCAGACCUGGUAGCUAUAGGUCUCGGUGUUACCUUACAUAUUAUAGACUACAUCCAGACUAGUUAUAGGGUGUGUUCGUAAAUUCACUCUGGAGUGCAAGAGUGCAGUCAGAGUGCGCUCUCUGCGUUCGUAAAAUCAGAGCAUUGUCAGAUUGUCCUUUAGUAAAUUCAGAGUGUUUUGCUCUUGGAGCAAUCAGAGCUCACACUGGACACUGGCAGAGUAGGGUUAAUCUGAUCAUUCUGACCUCACAACGGCAGUGAAGCACCAAAGAUAUCUGGCUAAAGCUGGCUAGCUUGCUAGCUACUUCCAGACACAAUGAGAGAACACCUCACUCUGACCAUUUAACUCGCCCUAGCAGAGCUGGUUGGGAUGUUUUCAUGUUAUUCAGAGCGUUGGUGACUGUAACUAUGCUGCUGGCAACAAUUUCAUUACGUUUCUUUGCCGACGUUUACUGACACCGGUCAUAUUCAUCGGGUGCUCUUAACUUCAGUUAUUUUGCACUCUGGUGCAUUGAGACGAGAGGGCUAUGGAAUCUGAUUAGAUAGCCAGAGUGAAUUUACUAACGCACCCAUAGACAUUAUAACAUUACAGCACUGUUACAGCUCUGCUACCUUUUACAUCUUUAACUGUUAAUGUGAACAAGACACAAUCUGGAGAAUGUAUCUGGUGGAUUUUGAUGUCUUCAGAAUAUGUAUGGUGGGUUGUGAUGUCAUCAGAAUGUGUAUGGUGGGUUGUGAUGUCAUCAGAAUAUGUAUGGUGGGUUGUGAUGUCAUCAGAAUAUGUAUGGUGGGUUGUGAUGUCAUCAGAAUGUGUCAGGUGGAUUGUGAUUCAACAGAAUGUAAUUUGUUGGACUGUGAUGACAUCAGAAUAUUGUGAUGUUUUAAUUGUUUGAAAUUCCCUUAUUAUUCUUUCAUCAAAAUGGUUUCUAGGAGAUGAUGGAUUCCUUAGCAACUGUUGCAAUAAAUUAUAUAUUGGUUGUA